AUGUCGGAUAAAUUAAAAGAUUUAAAAAUCAAAACUGGUGUCGCCAAGCGAACAUGGAAAGAGCAUUUAUCGUACAAAAAAGAAUUAGAAAAUGAAAAAAAGCGAGUUGCAAAAAUGACCAUUGAAGGUCGCGAUGAAUAUGACGUUAGAAAAGCGAAUGAAGUAUUGAAAGAAACCGAAUCCAUGAUUUCGCAUACAAAAAGCAGUUUUCUCAAAGCAUGGAAAGAAUUUCAAGAUGUUUAUAAUGCAGCAACUAAUGAUGAAACCUUAAAACAAUCAAAAGAAUAUGAAGAAGGACAAAAAGUUUACGAAGAUCUCGCUAAGGCCAUCGAAGAAGAACGAGCUGCGCAAGCAUAA